CUCCUAAUAGUAUAUGUUUUUUAUAAGUAAUAUAGAUAGGUAUCUACCUAUCUACCUCCUAAGGCACUUAAGCAGGUGUACAUCAUCAUACUAUUUUAGGUCGAACGUCAUCUACCCAACUAUGCAGACGGUCCAGAUGUCUUCCUGCGAUAGCAAUGCAGUCUUGAAGGCGGAUGACGUCGUCUUUGAAGAUGCUGUUCUUGAAACCCCUUGCAACUAUUGCAAACUCCUUGAAUUUGACGAUCUCAGGCAGGGCGGCAGAGUCCAAGUAGCUAAAGAUGGGACUCCAUUCGUUUCCUUCAUUGAAUCCUUUUACGGCCGUCCUAUCCCCAAAUUGGAGUUAGAUCUUGGGUAUUGCAGAGCAGACUUUCUGCCAGACUUACCUGGGCUGGCUGAGACUGCGUCUCAGGGCUGUACGUUUUGCGAGAUAUUGAGGAGGGAUAUAUUAUCUGUUUGGAACAAAAAAAUUCAAGAUUCAUUGAAUCGUGGCGUCGCCGAGAGUGAGAAGAUUGAACGUGCGAGGCUCACCAUCAUAGAUAUAGAAUAUAAGCUCCAAAAAGACAUCACCAUGAAUAGCGGCGAGGAAUUCGAGUCAAGAAGGCCUUGGUUUGAUAUGCUUGUUGUGUACUUCGAGAUAGAUGGAAGUAAAGAUAACAUAUUCUCGUUGCAUUAUAAUUUGCACACGCAGAAUUAUGACCCGUCUGCAAUUUGGCUAAACAUUCGGCGUCGACCAAUUCCUCUUGGGAGCUUUUCAACGACUCGCUUUGAAAGGUUAAAGGAGCUUAUCCACCUCUCUCUCCACGAGCAUCUGCCUCCGACAGACGAUAUAUACUUACCAACACGCCUAAUUGAUGUUGGCACAAGGAUGUCUGAGUAUAUACGGUUAGUUAUUACAGAACAACACCAACCUCUGGUGCAGGCCAAGGACUAUGAUUCUAAAAGAUACGUGGCUUUGAGCUACUGUUGGGGUUCAGGCAAAGAUGCCGAAAGGCAAUUAAAAACAACAAAGGACAUCCUCGAUAACCACGUCCAAGGAAUCAAGGCCGAGAGGUUACCUGGGACUGUAGCGGAUGCUGUUAAGGUGUGUCGAGGGAUCGGGGUCCGAUAUAUCUGGGUAGAUGCUCUCUGCAUUAUUCAAGACGACGAAGAAGACUGGGCAAGGGAAUCAUUCGAGAUGUCCAACAUUUUUGCAAAAAGCUUUCUCUCUCUCUGCAUUCUUCGAGGUGACUCCUGUUCGAGUAGGUUCUUGACCAGACCGGAUUCCCGAACACUGCGGAUCAACUUCCAAUCCAGGCUCGAUAGCUCAGUUUCGGGCAGCUUGGAUCUAAAUAUAUCUCAAUCACCGACACUGGGUCUCAAGCGCUGGCUUUUUCUUGACCAACUCUAUGACUUCUACGACAUAGAUAAGAUAAAUAACGUUGCAGAAAGGGAAAUUGGCGAUGCUACCUGGAACUCGCGAGGAUGGACGUUCCAGGAGGCCCUCCUUUCACCACGCAAAGUCUAUUUCGGCAACUACAUGUUUCACAUGAGUUGUGGGAAGCUGCAGGAGUCAGAGGAUGGAGCCCGAUUUAAAGAUUGGACUUGGGAGAUGUUCCCGUUCCUGGCAAAGAAUAUGGAUUGGAUCAAUCCGUGGUAUAAACUACUCGAUAAUUACUGCAAGAGGCGUUUGUCGUACAGACAAGACACGUUACCAGCUCUAUCCGCAUUAGCAAGGGCUUAUUCGGAUUCGUACCCGGGACAGAAAUACCUAGCUGGAUUGUGGGACUCUGACAUCGAAUGCGGUCUUCUUUGGGUUACUAACGCGUCGCAAGACCCGCAGAGCUACCUCCAGCAGCGCAAAGACGAGUACAUCGCACCUUCCUGGAGCUGGGCAUGCCGCCCAUGUGUACCUUGGUGGCUUGUGAAUGUUUCAUUAAGGCGCUCUUUCACAAGAGAGUUCGAGCUUCGGAAGUCGGAGAUUAUUACACAAGAGGGGAACUCAUAUGGACGUGUGUACGGCGGAUACUUAUUGCUUCACGCCAAAAUACAUCAGCAUCUACUCAACGGCGGUGUAAGACCAAAUAUUUCGUCUCCGUGGGUUGAAGAUAAGUUUGGGUUUGGUCACGUUCUCCAUUCGAAUGGAAAUGAAUACAUCGCGCAUUUACAAUUUGAUCACUUUGAUUGGAGCAUAGACGGAUGCAAGCGAGGUAGAUACGAAUAUCCUGAUUGGCCAGUAGAUCGUCUUUUUAUGGUAUUGCUUUCACGUUGCUAUUCAAAUUCGGAUCCACCGUUCCCACCCGUCGUAGAGGGAUGGUUUGGGAUCUUAGUCAUCAAAGCAGACGACGAGGACGGGUUUGAAAGAGUUGGAAUUUUCCAUUCCAAAGAAUAUAGCUUUUUAGGAGGGAGGGAGCUUUGGGAUGGCAUUGAGCGACAGGAAAUUAAGCUCAUAUAAUAGUUUGAAUGACAACGGCGGGUUGACAUUGACUAGAUAUUGUCUCGACGAACCUUCGAAGCCGGUUACCUAGGUACCGGUAACUAAAUGCUUGCUGCCAACACUCAAGU